AUGUGUAAUGAAGCUAAAAAGGAGUUGAAAAUGACACAGAAUCGAUUGGAGAAGUACGAGAAGAAGGCGAAGAGAACUGAAGAAGUGGAGAUUCAAAUGAGAGAAAUGGAGGCUGAAAUGAAGAAAAUGAAAAAGGAGUUGAAGGAGAGAGAGUUGGAGAUAAAAAAGGAGAAGUGUGAAAAUCAGUAUCGGAAAAUAAGUAUUCUGAAACUGGAAGCGAAAAAUGCGAAAAUGCAGUUGGCAGAGAAAAAGUUAUCAUUCAAUCAGCCAACACGAUUUACUCGAAAAGAUCACAAAUCUUUCGGAUCAACUGAAGAACUUCGGGCCGCUUUGACCAUCAUGUCAAAUGAGAUGGAAUCGAUUCAAAGAGACAAUCGGAGUCUUCGGGAACAAAUUGCUUCGAUUUCAGAAGCUCCGCGCACUCCACCAGUUCCAGAAUCUCCUUCGGAAGGACAACCAAACCAUAACAGAUUCGCACUGUUCAGAUUCCAGAGAAUCAAGGAUUCGUUAUAUCACAAGAAACAGCUGAAACAGGCAAAGGACAUGGCUGAAAAGCUGAAAUCCUCCUCGAAUCUCGUGGAAAUCCAUCAAAUCGCUGAUUACGAGUACUAUCAAUUCGAAGGAAGACUGUUGAAAUAUACAAAAGAAGUAGAAUUGAAUAUUCAAAGAAUCAAAGAAACCUGUGAUGUUUCCAUGGUUACUCCACUUCCAGAUAUUCCAGAAUUCUCGAAGCGAUUUGUGAAUUUAUAUUGGAGAAUUAUCAAUAAUCAGUCGAUAACAUCUUCUGAAAUCGAAGUAUCAGAUUCUGAAUUUUUCAUUUGCUACGUGGAAAUGACUUCUGAGGCGUUAUCAUGUCAAGAAUUCAAAAAAGUGACCUAUUUCGAGUGUGCUUCGAAAUGGCUCAAAAUCCACAGAUCGUGUCCACAUUGUCGAAGAGAAAUGUUGAAUCCCGAGGAGUUUCCGAAUCUCAGUCAAUGA